CGCACCCCUCCCCUCCCGGCCGGGGCGGCGCGAGCUGGGCCCUGCUGCCGCCGCCGCCGCGCGGCCCGGCCCGGCCCGGCGACUCCAUCCGUUUUCCGCCUCUCCAUGAUGAGAGAGGCUUGGGUUCGGCUUUUCCCCUCUCCCUGUAGCUGAUAGUUUUGGAACCAGAGGUGAUGCUGGAGUCAAGAUGGCAGAUAGUGUGAAAACCUUCCUUCAUGACCUGGUCAGGGGAAUCAAGGACUCCAUCUGGGGCAUAUGCACCAUCUCCAAGCUGGAUGCCCGGAUCCAGCAGAAAAGGGAGGAGCAGAGGCGAAGGAGAGCAAACAGCGCGCUCGCCCAGCGGAGGUUUCACAUGGAAGAGAGGAAGCAAGAGAAUGAACCCCGGAUUGUGAGCCGGAUAUUUCAGUGUUGUGCCUGGAACGGAGGCGUGUUCUGGCUUAGUCUCUUCUUGUUCUACCGAGUAUUUAUACCCGUACUUCAGUCAGUCACAGCACAGAUCAUUGGCGACCCUUCCUUACACGGUGAUGUCUGGUCUUGGCUGGAGUUCAUUCUCACCUCCAUUUUCAGCGCCCUCUGGGUCCUUCCCCUGUUUGUGCUCAGUAAGGUUGUCAAUGCCAUCUGGUUUCAGGACAUUGCAGAUCUAGCUUUUGAAGUUUCUGGCAGAAAGCCUCAUCCCUUUCCCAGUGUCAGUAAAAUCAUUGCUGACAUGCUGUUUAACCUCUUGUUGCAGGCACUGUUCCUCAUCCAGGGGAUGAUAGUGAGCCUCUUCCCCAUCGAUAUCGUCGGCCAGCUGAUCAGCCUCCUGCACAUGUCGCUGCUAUAUUCUCUCUACUGCUUCGAGUACCGCUGGUUUAACAAAGGAAUUGAAAUGCACCAACGGUUAUCCAACAUCGAGAGAAACUGGCCCUAUUACUUUGGAUUUGGCUUACCACUGGCUUUUCUCACUGCGAUGCAGUCGUCCUACAUCAUCAGUGGCUGCCUCUUCUCCAUUCUUUUCCCUCUGUUCAUCAUCAGCGCCAACGAAGCAAAGACCCCUGGCAAAACCUACCACUUCCAGCUCCGUCUCUUCUCCCUGGUGGUUUUCCUCAGCAACAGGCUCUUCCACAAGACCGUUUACCUUCAGUCCACCCUGAGCAGCGCCUCCGCGGACCGGCUGCUGUCCCCCCAGCCAUCUCCUGCCAAACACAAGCCUGCUCUGGGGCACUGAGCCGCAGCCGGCGGGGCGACGGGGCACGGCCUUCACCUCGGCUGCUAGGAAGGCCCCCGGGGAUGGCAGGACGCGGCCUGCCGCGGUGCCCGCGCGUCCCCCGCUGCCCAAAGCCCUGCCCGCGCGGCGGUGCGGUGUCCCCCGUGAGCACGCAGAUGGGAAAUGGGGGAAAAGUCUGGAUUUUUAACACCUUUGUGAGUUUGGAAAA